CUUGGCUUUGGAGAGUUGGAAGAUUUUCCAGAGACCUCCGAGCCAGUGUGGAUCUUGGGGAAAGAAUUCAACGCACUCGCAGUUUCCUGUGUGUAUCAAGAAUGGUCCACCACCCAAAGGACAUCCAGCCAACUUGACACAACAAUGGGAAGCAUUGGAGUCAACAUGGGCCCAGCAUCCCUGUGGAACACUUUGGACAACUUGUAGAUGCCACGGUGAAUUGAGGCUGUUUUGAGAAAAGGAUGACAUUCUUUCAGAUGUCACUUCACGGUUAUGGUUCACCUACAGAAAAAACUUCCCACCCAUUGGAGGGACAGGGCCCACGUCCGACACAGGCUGGGGCUGCAUGCUGCGAUGUGGGCAGAUGAUCCUAGGCGAGGCCCUGGUCUGCAGGCAUCUAGGCCGAGACUGGAGAUGGGUGAGAGGCCAGCCUCAGAGAGGACAGUACAUCAGUAUCCUCAACGCCUUCCUUGACAAGAAAGACAGCUACUAUUCUUUACAUCAAAUUGCCCAGAUGGGAGUCGGGGAGGGGAAGUCUGUAGGCCAGUGGUACGGACCGAACACAGUGGCACAGGUACUGAAGAAACUAACCGUGUUUGACUCGUGGAGUCGUCUGGCGGUACAUGUUGCUAUGGACAACACCGUGGUGAUGGAGGAGAUCAAGCGGUUGUGUAUGCCCUGGCUGGACUAUGGUGGAGCAGCGUGUGCAGAGCCCCCGGGGUGGAUGCCGAAGCAUAACGGCUGCCUGGAGGGGGCCUGUGCCCUGGCUGAGGAGGAGACGGCUCUCUGGAAGCCCCUGGUCCUCCUCAUCCCUCUCAGGCUGGGCCUGAGCGACAUCAACAAGGCCUACAUCGAGACCCUGAAGCAAUGCUUCCAGCUGCCCCAGUCCCUGGGUGUCAUCGGAGGGAAACCCAACAGUGCCCAUUACUUCAUAGGCUAUGUUGGAGAGGAGUUGAUCUACCUGGACCCCCACACCACCCAGCCUGCAGUAGAGCCCUGUGAGGACGGCCAGGUCCCCGACGACACUUACCACUGUCAGCAUCCGCCGUGCCGCAUGCACAUCUGUGAAAUAGACCCCUCCGUCACAGUGGGUUUCUUCUGCAGAACGGAGGACGACUUCGAUGACUGGUGUAUGUGUAUUCGAAAGUUGUCCCACACUAGAGGAAGCCUGCCUAUGUUUGAGCUGGUAGACUGUCAACCAUCUCACUUCGCCUGCUCUGUAGACGUGCUCAACCUCACUCCGGGUGAGAUUCAGGCUGGGAUUCAGUCAGAGGUGCGUUGUGGACAAGCGCAUUGCACUACCGACAAAGCGCCUUUUAAAGGCAAUUUCCCUGAUGUUCGCGGAGAUCGCGUUCACGAUUUCUCAGACCGGUCGGAGCGGAUCUUUGAUUCGGAGGAUGAAGAGUUUGAGAUCCUGUCCCUGUGAUGAACAGGUGGAAUACAGAUACUAUCUGUCCUGGCAGAAACGACGAUUCUUCUCUGUAUCAGAAGGGAAGCCAUAGGGCACAGGAGAUGACUGGUGACAUCACUAGCCCAGUCUGGCACCAGUGGUGUAGUGAUGUGUCAAACAGUUGUCUUCUGGUCAGUCACCUGGUGCUCUCCGUGUCCAAUGAGGAGACUCCUUGCUGCGAGGUGGUACCAGGUAGUGCUCUCCGUGUCCAAUGAGGAGACUCCUUACUGCGAGGUGGUACCAGGUAGUGCUCUCCGUGUCCAAUGAAGAGACUCCUUGCUGCGAGGUGGAACCAGGUAGUGCUCUCCGUGUCCAAUGAGGAGACUCCUUGCUGCGAGGUGGUACCAGGGAGCGCUCUCCGUGUCCAAUGAGGAGACUCCUUGCUGCGAGGUGUCCAAUGAGGAGACUCCUUGCUGCGAGGUGGUACCAGGUAGUACCUCUCCGUGUCCAAUGAGGAGACUCCUUGCUGCGAGGUGUCCAAUGAGGAGACUCCUUGCUGCGAGGUGGUACCAGGUAGUGCCUCUCUGUGUCCAAUGAGGAGACUCCUUGCUGCGAGGUGUCCAAUGAGGAGACUCCUUGCUGCGAGGUGUCCAAUGAGGAGACUCCUUGCUGCGAGGUGUCCAAUGAGGAGACUCCUUGCUGCGAGGUGUCCAAUGAGGAGACUCCUUGCUGUGAGGUGGUACCAGGGAGCGGGAGCUCUCAGGAAACAUUCAGUGCUACGUGCAUCUUCACAUUGGUUCUCCAUUUUAAGUCUUAAUUCAGUUUCAGUGCAUCUUCACAUUGGUUCUCCAUUUUAAGUCUUAAUUCAGUUUCAGUGCAUCUUCACAUUGGUUCUCCAUUUUAAGUCUUAAUUCAGUUUCAGUGCAUCUUCACAUUGGUUCUCCAUUUUAAGUCUUAAUUCAGUUUCAGUGCAUCUUCACAUUGGUUCUCCAUUUUAAGUCUUAAUUCAUUUUCAGUGCAUCUUCACAUUGGUUCUCCAUUUUAAGUCUGAACACAUUAUAUAUGUCCUUUAAGUCAGGGGUGUCAAACUCAUUCCGUGGAGGGUGUCGGGUUUUCCCCCCCAUAUUGAAUUAAGACCUAGACAAAUAGGUGAUGGGAGUUCCUUACUAAAUUAGUGACCUUUUAAUUCAUCAAUCAAUUACAAGGGUGAUGUGGAAAAAGAAAGACAGACACUUGGCCGUCUGUGGAAUGAGUUUAACACGUGUUGCUUUAAGUGAUAUGGUGCCUUUCUCCCCCCCCCACCCCCUAAACUGAUUUACCAUAACACACAACGGUGUCUUUAGGAACUUGGUUUACUCUGUCCACUUGUAUUGACUGAUGUAAAUUGUAAAUCAAAAUGUGGUUGAGUGAAAGUUUGCAGACAAAGUAGAUAGCUUGUAUUAUAAUUUGUUUAUUGAGAGAGUACCAUUUUAUAUUAAAAAAAAAACUCUGUACUGAA